UGUUGCCUGCCUGCCGCUCCUCAGUCAAACAGUCAACUUGUCGCCAUGCAGACCUCCGAUCCACGCGCGUAAAGGGAUUUUUUUUUUUGCCGUCUACAUAAAAGGAGACCGCUGACAUCGGCAGAGCUGAGGAUGAUGGCUGAGGGGCGUUUUGCCAGCCUGCCCAGGUCGCUCCAUAUGCAUCACACCCUGGGAGGCACCGCGGCCCCUGCCCCGGCCCUUGAAGCCCCCAUUGGAAGUAGCUGCCCCUCAAGGAAGCUGCAAGCCUCCAUUGCCUGCUCUAUGGAUCUCCUCAGCUCUAGACCGAGUCUCCCUCCAGGAUUAGGAUCAGAGUUCCCUGCAGCUGCUUACCAGCACAUUUCCAUUCAUGGAACUCUUCCAAGACGCAAGAGAGGCGGGCCCAACCUUGGCCCCGCGACCUACACCUGGGACCCCCGAGCCAGUCACACCCAGCAAGUACUUGGCGGGAGCUCAACAUUGGCAGAGACGCGUGUCCACCAGCAUAUUCCUUCACCACUGGUCCAAAAUAUCAUUGAUGACUUCCACAGUUACGGGGAGCCGGCAGCUGGUCUGGAGGCCACAGUGGACUAUGUCAAGUUUUCCCAAGACCAGUUCAUCCUUGAUGGUCCAUCAGAGAAGCUGCGCAGAGAGCUGGAGGAAGAACUUAAGAUGAACUGCGAGGAGCCGAGAAGCCACGCUUGGUACCACGGAGCCAUACCCCGGCAGGUUGCUGAAAACUUUGUGCAACGAGAUGGCGAUUUCCUGGUCCGAGACUCGCUGUCCAGUCCGGGAAGUUACGUUCUAACUUGCCAGUGGCGGAAUACAGCCCAGCAUUUUAAAAUCAACAAAAAGAUUGUGAUGUUGAACGAAGCCUAUUCCAGAGUCGAGUACCGUCUGGAGCGGGAAGGAUUUGACAGUGUUCCAGCUCUAAUAAGAUACUACGUAGGGAACAGAAAACCGGUCUCCCAGGUGGUAGGUGCCAUCAUAUUCCAGCCGAUCAACCGGGCACUGCCUUUGCGCUGCUUGGAACAGAAGUACGGGCUGUCCAGCGGUCAUCGGGAGGCGGGGCUUAGCGACCAGGACCGACGCCGUCAGAAGCGCCUCAGCCUCAACAUUACCAACGGACACGCCCACGACCACGCGCACGGCGUGCAGGACGGCACGCACUACCACAAUAACUGCAUGGGCCGAGGGAGCCAGCUCCGAUUGAAGGACCGUUGUGGGAGCCAACCAGCGAGUCUCAAUCAACUCCAGGAUAAAAGGCGGCCAUUGAAAGCGCAUCAGUCGGAGAGCUUCCUACCACUUGGAUCCAAACCCCAGCACCAGCAUCCAUCAGACCCCCUUCUCCAGAGCCUAAAUGCCAAGUCUCCGGUGUUUCGUACGGGCAGCGAGCCAUUGCUGAGUCCAUCCGUCACGAGGAGGUUGGCAGAGUCACUAGCAGGUCAGCCUAUCAGAGGCUCCGACAGCCAGCUGUGCCCCAAACCUCCACCCAAGCCCAGCAAAGUCCCGCUGACCCGGUUGCCUCGUUUCCCCUGCCUCCAGCUCCCGGGUCCCUCUACCACCGUCACAGACCCCUCAUCUACCACUCUGGACUCUUCGUGCGUGGACACUCAUGUCAGCUCGUGGCGGCUCGGAGAUCCAGUGAAGCAUACCCACCCCGACUCCGGCUUCUCCAGCUGUGCAGUUCCACCGAUCCCAUACCCAGACUUUGAACGCCUACCACCCGCUCCUGCAGACCUCAGGCCCUGCAGCCCGCUGGAAUGGAACAACCCGACCUCCUCAGACAACGCCCAUGAACUCGAGCAGCUGCCGUGCAGCUAUGUUGAGAGAUUGAGGCAAGAGGGGGAGGUCGGCGGCACGGUGGGCGAGGGGGAGCCGGCGGGCGGCCGGCGGGGGAUGGACAGAAGCUCCUACCACCACGCCAUUGCCGCUUUGGAAAACACCAGCGACGAAGAAGAGGAGGAGGGGGGGGACGAAGGGGGUGAGAAGAGGAGCCUUUUUCUGAGACCCGUGCUGGAGACGGAGUCGGCGUUCCGGCCAACGGAGUUCAACUCUCGACUUCUGCCCGCGGAAAACAAACCGCUGGAGAUGUUGGUCUUGAAGAGAGCCAAGGAGCUGCUGCUGAGCCACAACCACCACAGCAUAGCCAGACACCUGCUGAUGGUGGACUGCCAGGUUGCAAGAAUACUUGGAGUGUCCCCUGAGUUGAAAGGUCAGAUGGGCGUGUCUUCGGGUCUGGAGCUGGUCACCUUGCCGCAUGGUCGACAGCUGAGGCUGGACCUGAUGGAAAGACACCACACCAUGGCCAUCGGUGUGGCCGUGGACAUCCUGGGGUGUACUGGCAGCGUGGAGGAGCGGGCAUCCACUUUGAAUCGCAUCAUCCUGGUGGCAUUGGAGCUGAAGGACGCUGUGGGCGAUCUGUUUGCUUUCACCGCCCUGAUGAAAGCUCUAGAACUGCCGCAGAUCAGCCGUCUGGAGGACACGUGGACCACUCUCAGAAGGAACUUCACAGAAACCGCCAUCAGCUAUGAGAAAACCCUCAAACCUUUCUACAAGAAUCUCUACGAGGGGACAGCCUCCUCUCCUCAGGUGGUCUGCGUGCCCCUCAUGUUGCCCCUCCUCACGUUGAUGGAGCGCCCGUCCGUCACGCCGGAGGGGGCGGAGCUCUGGGAGGUGAGCGACCAGGGCUGUGACAUCAUGCUGCGUCACCUGGAGGCCGCGCGGGAGGUUGCACGACAAGCAACAACCUACACCGAGAACGCACAGAAAAUCACGCACGGGUUCCAGUGUGAUGAAGACCUGCUGGAGGUCUUCAAGACGGACUUUCAGCUGCGGCUGCUUUGGGGGAGUCGCGGCGCUUCAGUGAACCAAUCAGAUCGCUACAGCAAAUUCAGCCUCAUCCUCACGGCCUUGUCACGCAAGCUGGAGCCCCGACACAAGACGCAAACGUUAAUUUGACCUCAACUUGGCGACUGGACCGGACUGAAGACUGGUGGAUUUGUAUUCUAUGAAUAGAAAUUACAGCACAGGAUGAGGAAGAUGUAUUUAUUAGCAAUGGAAGAAAGGGUUCUCGCCCGGAAAAGGGUGAAGUGCCAUGUCCGGGUUGGGGAGGAGACCCUGCCCCCAAGUGGAGGAGUUCAAGUACCUCACGAGGGAGGGAAGAGUGGAUCGUGGGAUCGACAGGCAGUUAGUCGGACCCGAUUCCAGUGAGGGUUGGACUCCGCCAAGGCUGUCCUUUGUCACCGAUUCUGUUCAUAACUUUUAUGGACAGAAUUUCUAGGCUCAGUCAAGGCGUUGAGGGGUUCCGGUUUGGUGGCCGCAGGAUUAGGUCUCUGAUUUUUACAGAUGAUGCGGUCCUGAUGGCUUCAUCUGACCAGGAUUUUCAGCUCUCACUGGAUCGGUUGGGACUGGAAUCAGCACCUCCAAGUCAGAGUCCAUGGUUCCGGUCCAGAAAAGGGUUGAGUACCAUCUCCGGGUUGGAGAGGAGAUCCUGCCCCAAGUGGAGGAGUUCAAGUACCUCAGAGUCUUGUUCACGAGUGAGGGAAGAGUGGAUUGUGGGAUCGACAGGCAGUUAGUCGGACCCGAUUCCAGUGAGGGUUGGACUCCGCCAAGGCUGCCCUUUGUCACCGAUUUUGUUCAUAACUUUUAUGGACAGAAUUUCUAGGCUCAGUCAAGGCGUUGAGGGGUUCCGGUUUGGUGGCCGCGGGAUUAGGUCUCUGAUUUUUACAGAUGAUGUGGUCCUGAUGGCUUCAUCUGGCCAGGAUGUUCAGCUCUCACUGGAUCGGUUGGGACUGGAAUCGGCACUUCCAAGUCAGACUCCAUGGUUCUCGCUCUGAAAAGGGUGGAUUUCCGCCUUGGAGAAGAGAUCUUGCCCAAAGUGGAGGAGGUCAAGUACCUAGGAGUCUUGUUCAGAAGUGAGGGAAGAGUGGAUCGUGAGAUCGACAGGCGGAUCUGUGCGGCGUCUUCAGUAAUGCGGACGUUGUAUCGAUCCGUUGUGGUGAAGAAGGAGCUGAGCCGGAAGGCAAAGCUCUCAAUUUACCGGUCGAUCUACGUUCCCAUCCUCACCUAUGGUCAUGAACUUUGGGUCAUGACCGAAAGGACAAGAUCACGGGUACAAGCGGCCGGAAUGAGUUUCCUCCGUCUGGUGGUUGGUGUCUCCCUUAGAGAUAGGGUGAGAAGCUCUGCCAUCCGGGAGGAACUCAAAGUAAAGCUCCACAUCGAGAGGAGCCAGAUGAGGUGGUUCGGGCAUCUGGUCAGGAUGCCACCCGAACGCCUCCCUAGGGAGGGGUUUCUAGGACGUCCACGGGGAAGACCCAGGACACAUUGGGAAGACUAUGUCUCCCGGCUGGCCUGGGAACGCCUCGGGAUCCCCCGGGAAGAGCUGGACGAUGUGGUUGGGGAGAGGGAAGUCUGGGCUUCCCUGCUUAGGCUGCUGCCCCCGUGACCCGACCUCAAAUAAGCGGAAGAAGAUGGAUGGAGGAAGAAAAAAAUUCAAAUAUUUGCUUUGUUUGUGUAUAUAUAUAUAUAUAUAUAUAUAUAUAUAUAUAUAUAUAUAUAUAUAUAUAUAUAUAUAUAUAUAUAUAUAUAUCCGUCACCAUGAUUGUGAAUGAUAAGCAAAAUUGAGCAAAAAGUGCAGUUCCCCUUCAAAUGUUACAUACUGGAUGGUUGGCUUCACAACGUAACCCACAAGAACCCAGACCCACUCCUGCUUUCAGCGUAAACCACAAACAUUGACAACCGGUUUAGCUCGGUUGGUAGAGUGGCCGUGCCAGCAACCUGAGGGUUGCAGGUUCGAUUCCCGCUUCCGCCAUCCUAGUCACUGCCGUUGUGUCCUUGGGCAAGACACUUUACCCACCUGCUCCCAGUGCCACCCACACUGGUUUAAAUGUAACUUAGAUAUUGGGUUUCACUAUGUAAAGCGCUUUGAGUCACAAGAGAAAAGUGCUAUAUAAAUAUAAUUCACACUUCACAUUUAACACAACAAAUGUUUGAUUUUUCACUGCCAUUUUAGGUUUGAUCAUUUCCUUUCGGUAAUAGUCCAAACGUCAGUGUCAGCUAGAUAAAUCCAGUAAGCGGCUUAGUGGUUAGAGCAUGGGUGUCAAACUCUGGCCUGCGGGCCAAAUUUGGCCCGCCGUGUAAUUUAAUUUGGCCCUUGAGGUAAUAUCAAAUUAACAUUAGAGCUGGACCGCCGCCGUAACACCACAUUCACUUCUAAUACUCAUACUCGUCAAGCCUCCCAAUUUUCCCGGGAGACUCCCGAAGUUCAGUGCCCGUCCCGAAUUUUUCCCGAUUUCCAUCCGGACAAUAAUAUUGGGGGCGGGCCGUAAAAGCACUGCUAUUGGCGUUCUCUACAUGUCGCCACGUCCGCUUUUCUUCCAUACAAACAGCGUGCCGGCCCACUCACAUAAUAUAUGCGGCUCAUACACACACACAAGUGUAUGCAAGGCAUACUUGGUCAACAGCCAUACAGGUCACACUGAGGGUGGCCGUAUAAACAAGGUUAACACUGUUACAAAUAUGCGCCACACUGUGAACCCACAGCAAACAAGAAUGACAAACACAUUUCGGGAGAACAUCCGCACCGUAACACAACAUAAACACAACCGGACAAAUACCCAGAACCCUUUGCAGCACUAACUCUUACGGGAUGCUACAAUAUACCACCAAACCCCGCCUCAAAUCAAACCCGCCGCCGAAAAAAGGCCUUAAAUUGGAGUUUUUAUUUUAUUUGAUAUGCCAUUGAUAUUUUUUAAUUAUUAUUAUUUGAAACUGGAUGUUGCAUGUCACUAUAAAGUUAUAUAAGCCUUACUUGGUCAAUAUUCAAUGCAAAACUUGUUUGGGUCCCUAUUAAAGGGUUAAUUUGUUCAACCUCGGCCCGCGGCUUUGUUCAGUUUUAAAUUUUGGCCCGCUCUGUAUUUGAGUUUGACACCACUGGGUUAGAGCGUCCGCCCUGAGAUCGUUCGGUCGUGAGUUCAAACCCCGGCAGAGUCAUACCAAAGACAAUAAAAAUGGGAUCCAUUACCUCCCUGCUUGGCACUCAGCAAUUAACUCCCUACUCCAUACACACUCUUGGAUUGUGUCACACACCAUUCUCUAGUUCAUUUAUUAGUAUUGUUUCAUUAUUAUACAUAUUACAUUGUGUAUAUGUAUAAUUAAUCAUAGAGCGACAUACAGUAUGCCCCUUGAGUUCUGUGCCGUCAACUCCCCCUGCAUCCAUAACACGAAGGGAGUCUUCAAAGUAAAACAAAACAUGAUCCGGGCAACGGAUGAUCAUACAUUUUAACCUGCUCAGUGGCCUAGUGGUUAGAGUAGCUGCCCCGAGAUCGGUAGGUCGUGAGUUCAAACCCCGGCAGAGUCAUACCAAAGACUAUAAAAAUGGGAUCCGUUACCUCCCUGCUUGGCACUCAGCAUAAAGGGUUGGAAUUGGGGGUUAAAUCACCCAAAAAAAGGUAUUCCCAGGCGUGACCACCACUGCUGCUCACUGCUCCCCUCACCUCCCAGGGGGUGAUCAAGUCUGAAAUGCAGAGAAUAAUUUCGCAACACCUAGUGUGUGUGUGACUAUCAUUUGUACUUUAACUUUUUAAGUGUUUGGACUCCAAAUGUGACUUUUUAAGGAAGUGACAUUUUGUUUCUUAAAAAAAAAAGCAAAUAUUUCUUCAAGUAUACGCAUAAAAAUUGUUUUUUUCAGGGUGUUGGCAACCCUACAGUCCGGCUUUCAUAGCAACAGCUUGUUGUUCAUGAAUGAAAUACACAACAGUUGAAUUUUACACUCUAUUAAAACAUUAAUUGUGUCGAAUGGAUUCAAAAUUAAUUUUAAUGGCUUUUGGAAAUUUUGGAGAAGUUAUGUCCUGACCAACAUAACGGGUUCUUAUGGGUUAUUGCAGGGGUCACCAACGUGAUGAGUCGCCCGCUGGCCUGUUCUAAAAAUAGCUCAAAUAGCAGCACUUACCAGUGAGCUGCCUCUAUUUUUUAAAUUGUAUUUAUUUACUAGCAAGCUGGUCUCGCUUUGCUGGACAUUUUUAAUUCUAAGAGAGACAAAACUCAAAUAGAAUUUGAAAAUCCCAGAAAAUAUUUUAAAGACUUGGUCUUCACUUGUUUAAAUAAAUUCAUUCAUUUUUUUAGUUGGUUUCUUAUAACUUUCAGAAAGACAAUUUUAGAGAAAAAAUACAACUUUAAAAAUGAUUUUAGGAUUUUUAAACACAUAUACCUUUUUACCUUUUAAAUUAUUUCCUCUUCUUUCCUGACAAUUUAAAUCAAUGUUCAAGUAUUUUUUUUUUUUUUAUUGUAAAGAAUAAUAAAUACAUUUUAAUUCAAUUCUUCAUUUUAGCUUCUGUUUUUUCGACGAGGAAUAUUUGUGAAAUAUUUCUUCAAACUUAUGAUUAAAAUUCCAAAAAAUUAUUCUGUCGAAUCUAGAAAAUCUGUAGAAUCAAAUUUAAAUCUUAUUUCAAAGUCUUUUGAAUUUCUUUUAAAAUUCUUGUUCUGGAAAAUCUAGAAGAAAUAAAGAUUUGUCUUUGUUAGAAAUAUAGCUCGGUCCAAUUUGUUAUAUAUUCUAACAAAGUGCAGAUUGGAUUUUAACCUAUUUAAAACAUGUCAUCAACAUUCUAAAAUUAAUCUUAAAUCAGGAAAAAUUACUAAUGAUGUUCCAUAAAUUAUUUUUUUACUUUUUCAAAAAUUCAAGAAUUAGCUAGUUUUUCUCUUCAUUUUUUUCGGUUGAAUUUUGAACUUUAAAGAGUCGAAAUUGAAGUUAAACUAUGUUUCAAAAUGUAUUUUUUUUUUUUUUUCAUGUUUUCUCCUCUUUUAAACCGUUCAAUUAAGUGUUUUUUUCAUCAUUUAUUCUCUACAAAAAACCUUCCGUAAAAGGAAAAAAAAAAGUACAACGGAAUGACGGACAGAAAUACCCAUUUUUAUAUAUAUAUAUAUAUAUAUAUAGAUUUAUUUAUUAAAGGUAAAUUGAGCAAACUGGCUAUUUCUGGCCAUUUAUUUAAGUGUGUAUCAAACUGGUGGCCCUUCGCAUUAAUCAGUACCCAAGAAGUAGCUCUUGCUUUCAAAAAGGUUGGUGACCCCUGGGUUAAUGUGACUUGAACCCACAAAAGUGCAAAAGCCAGAUUAAGAACAAAUAAUUUGACUUGCAGCAUAAUGUACAUUUAUAGUCAUUUGAUAUUUACAGUGACCAGUUUUAGUGUUGUGGCCCUUUAAAAAAGAUGAAAUGAUAUUAACAGUGACCAGUUUUAGUGUCGUGACCCUUUAAAAAAGAUGAAAUGAGGGGAAAAAAAACUUGCACUUUCUUGAUAUGUCUGUAAUUAAUAUCUGUCGAAGUAUUUGUAAAUAUUUAUAUCCAAUUAUUCGUUGGAUAGGAUGGAUUGAGAAGUAAAACUACAUGGUUAAUAAUGUACGUGUAACGUUUAGGUAAGUAGAGUGAGUAAAAGUGUACAUACUGUAUGUGUGACGAGUUCAAAAUUUGACUGUAUAUACAGAACAUAAGUUAAAUAAGAAUGUCAAUGUUUAUAUUAUGAAGUACUGUGGAGUUUUAAUAAAUGUGGUACAUGUGCUUUU